AGAUCAUUAUCAUCACAAAUUUACAAAGGAAAAUGAGGUGUUUCUCUUGUCUCAACACGCAAACUAAUGACAUGAGAAUCAACAUUGAUACCCUUUCCGACCUAACCGAUUAUUCCUCAGUUGCCACAAAAAACGAUCCAAGAGGGACAGGGUCAAAAUCUGGCAUUUUAGUUAAUGGGAAAGUGAAUAGCCCUAAACCGGGAGGUGGCGCUCGGAGUUUCACGUUCAAGGAGUUAGCCGCCGCCACCAAGAAUUUCCGGGAGGUGAAUAUGAUUGGAAAAGGAGGCUUUGGGAGUGUCUAUAAGGGACGUUUAGAUUCAGGACAAGUGGUGGCGAUCAAGCAAUUAAAUCCAGAUGGGCAUCAAGGAAAUCAAGAAUUCAUAGUUGAGGUCUGCAUGCUUAGCGUCUUCCAUCAUCCAAAUCUAGUAACUCUAAUCGGUUACUGUACUUCUGGUGCUCAGAGACUUUUGGUUUAUGAAUACAUGCCAAUGGGUAGCUUAGAAGAUCAUCUUUUUGAUCUUGAGCCUGAUCAGAUUCCGCUAAGCUGGUAUACGCGGAUGAAAAUCGCGGUUGGUGCAGCUCGUGGGAUUGAGUAUCUUCAUUGUAAAAUAAGCCCAUCCGUGAUUUACCGUGAUUUGAAAUCCGCAAACAUUUUGUUAGAUAAAGAAUUUAGCGUCAAACUCUCUGAUUUUGGACUCGCCAAGGUCGGUCCUGUGGGGAACCGGACACAUGUGUCGACUCGAGUCAUGGUGUUGCUUGAACUGAUUUCUGGCAGGAAGGCCAUUGAUUUGAGUAAACCAAACGGGGAGCAGUACCUUGUUGCUUGGGCUAGGCCGUAUCUCAAGGAUCCUAAGAAAUUUGGACAUCUAGUUGACCCGUUGCUACGGGGAAAGUUCUCGAAGAGGUGUCUUAACUACGCGAUUGCUAUAACUGAGAUGUGCCUAAAUGACGAAGCGAAUCACCGGCCAAAAAUAGGAGAUGUGGUGGUGGCAUUUGAGUACAUAGCCUCUCAGAGCAAAUCUUAUGAAGAUCGAAGAGCGGCUCGCAAGUCUACGGACUCUAACCGGUUAAGAGGGGAAACAAAACAGAGUUACUAAAUUGUAUGAGUCAUAAGUGAAACCUCUGCUAGUAUCAGAAGGUUCCUGAUAAGGCCGCAUAAAUAAUGUUUGUGCUUUUUUUCCUGAUGUUUUUGUUUAGUCAGCUUUUUAAGAAUGGGAUUUGGUCGGAUAAAGAGGGUUUUUUUUU